AUGCAGCAAUAACACAACUUUUCACUCCUUUAUGACUAGAACUAUAACCAAUGCAUGCAUAAUUUCCAGGGGAAUCAAUACUAACUGCAGAACAUUCAUAGACUAGAAACAAUCAAUCCUAAUAACGUUGUUCCUAUUGAAGAUUUAAAAUCUGCCAGUCUUGGACUCUAAUAGUUUUACCUUCUAAAUCAUCCUGAAUAAUCAAGAUCUAGUACAAUGCUCUUUUAAACUCCAUUCAAUCAACUCUAAGAUAAAAAUAUACCAUAUUAGAAUUCAGAAAAACUAGAAUUAAGAAUGACUGAAUCUCUUCCUUAUUUUGAAACUAAUAACUUAAAAAAAUAGGAUGGAGUUAGUGAUGAAUAGGGUACUCUUGGUAGUGAUCCAUCAACUAAUAAUAUUCAAAUUUCUAAGUAAAGUAAUAUGACUCAUUACCAUAAUAAUCAUUCUGUUAAAUCGAAGGAAGCUAGAAAUGAUUGCUUCCUUAUUAACCUAGAUGAAGCUCAGAAAUCAUAAGUUUAAAUUGAAUAACUCUUUGAUUUUUAAAAAAGCAAAAUCAAAACCCCUUAAUAAUAAAUUUCAGAAUAGAACUAUACUGAAAGUGAAGAAAUUGAUGAAGACUAUAUUAAUAAGGAAAAUUAAAGAAGAAAGAGAGGACCUAAAAUUAGAAAAGCAAAUUCAAAGAUCUUUGAAUGUGAUUUCUGCCAUAUUUAGGUAACAAGAAAGGACAACCUCUAAAAGCAUAUAAAGAAUAUACAUUAGUAAUAGAAACGUUUUAAAUGUGGAAUAUGCUUCAGGCAAUUUACAGAGAAAGGAAACUUGACAGUCCACUACAGAUUACAUAUGAAUAUAAAGCCUUAUAAAUGUGAGGUAUGCAACAUAUAGAUUAGCUCCAAAGGUAAUCUUAAGGAUCAUUAGAAGAGACAUUUCAAGAAAAAGUAAAUUAUCAUUCUUAACCAUCUUUAGAGAUUUCUAAUGUACUAUAUGCCAGAAGAGUUUUUAUAGAAAAAUUUAAUUAAACAAUCACAUUGA